UUAGAAUUUGCACAAAUCACCAGCUAACCAUGAUCAUGCAAGCUCAGUUGUGUCUGACGUAGUCAAGAUUUAACAGGAGAAAAUAGACGCGCACACAGUGUCUGUGAGAGGAGAAAGACACAAAAGGGAAAAUAGCGGAUGAUUUUGACCUCGGUGGAGUUUUUUGUUUGUUUUUGUCGCCGUUUUGGCAAACGGACAGCAAAAUAACUGGGUUCGCGAUGAGUGGUCGUUUAGGUUGACUGGACAGACGGUACGUACAAUAGAGAGUCCCUCACACCGUGUUUAAUUGCGGAUUAGGAGGAUCAAACGGGAACCGCGAGCACAACAACAACGUUCUUUAUUAGGAGGAGAGACCGCACGAGAUAAGGAGACCAUAUACGAUAGACUGUAGCGAAGAGAGGGAGAAUACAGAAAGCAUCGCUCGAAUGGUUGUGCCGUGGAUCCCGCGACGAUGCGACGACACUGUUGGAUGAUAGUGCUAGCGGGGAUGAUGUCGUACUUCAACCCAGAGAGAGCCCUUGGAGCCCCGCAGAGAGAAGUGUCUCAGUCCAGGACGGCCUCCCUCUCUCCUCCGCCUUACGUCGUCAUUCUCAUCUCCUGCUCGGGGCUAGUUUCCUUUGUUCUUCUUCUGCUCACCUGCCUGUGCUGCAAGAAAGGAGGAGUGGGAUUCAAUGAGUUUGACAAUGCAGAGGCGGAGGAGUGUUCAGGUGGUUCCAGCCCUGUGCAGGAAGACAGCCUGUCUUCCUGCCCCUCUCUCCCGGAGGUCUACACCCUGCCUUUCAGAGCCAGGCCCACCUGUGCUGCCCUGCACGACGCCUCAGACUCCAAGUCCCAGUGCUUCCGAAGGCACACUCUCAACUAUCUUCAGGAGAUAGGAAAUGGCUGGUUUGGAAAGGUGUUCUUAGCAGAGGUCCUGUGUGACUGCAGCUCCUCCCAGGCUGUGGUGAAGGAGUUGCGGGUCAGCGCCUGCCCUCUAGAGCAGAGGAAGUUCCUGGCCGAGUCCGAGCCAUACAGGAGCCUCCAGCACCCUAACAUUCUGCAGUGUUUGGGCCGGUGCAGUGAGAGCCUUCCCUUCCUCCUCGUCAUGGAGUUCUGUCAGCUGGGUGACCUGAAGAGGUACCUGAGAGCCCAGCGGAAGUCGGAUGGGAUGACCCCUGACCUCCUGAACCGGGACCUACUGACCCUGCAGCGCAUGGCGUUCGAGAUCACCUCCGGACUGCUGCACCUCCACGAGAACAAUUACAUCCACAGUGAUUUGGCCCUGAGGAACUGUCUCCUCACCUCAGACCUCACCGUUAGGAUAGGAGACUACGGCUUGUCUCACAACCACUACAAGGAUGACUAUUACCUGACCCCUGACAAGCUGUGGAUCCCCCUGCGCUGGAUCGCCCCAGAGCUGUUGGAGGAGUACCGGGGCUCUCUGAUUGUCACCGACCAGACCAAGAUCAGCAACGUGUGGUCUCUUGGGGUGGUGAUCUGGGAGCUGUUUGAGUUUGGCGCUCAGCCCCACAGGCACCUGAGCGAUGAGGAGGUGUUGACCUUCGUCAUCAGGGAGAGACAGAUCACCCUGGCCCAGCCCCGACUCAAACUCUCCCACACAGACUACUGGUAUGAGAUCAUGCAGUCCUGCUGGCUCCCUUCGUCCCAGCGGCCGUCCGUUGCAGAGGUCUUCCUCCUCCUGUCUUCCCUCCUGGCCGCCGAGCGGGGGAUGCCCAGGAUGGGGGAGGAGGAGGACGAGGAGUACGAGGAGGGCCGGGGAAGGAGAGGGGAGAGCGAUGAGUCCUUUGAGAGACGUUGGGAUUCCCUCCGUCCACCCGCCUUCCAGGCUGCAGCCAGCAAACGUCUGAGAGAGAGAGAAUAUGGGAGGGAUGAACGAGACAACUCGUACCCCCUGCUGGACCCUGUGGGGAACUGCAUCACCCCGUCCUCGACGGAACUCGACGACAUCCUGACUGUGACGGAAACAAGCAAGGGGCUGAAUUUCGAAUACUUCUGGGAGAAGGCUCACGGGAGGCGGGGCUACAAACCGCUUCCGCCUCCCCAGCCUAUCCCGGCGUCUAACUCCUCCCACAGACAGUCCCUGGACACGCCCACUGUGGUCCCGGUCAUAAGCGCCCGCAGUCCCUCCCUCGCCAGCGAGUACUACAUCCGGUUAGAGGAGCACACCCCACAGGACAAGUCCUCGACGCUCAAAGGGAAAGAACUGCGCUCCAGCUCCAUGUGCCCCGGAGACCUAGAGCUGGUGGAGAUCUGCAGCGGCUUGCUGGGGAAGGAGCGCAUUCCCUUCAGUUCGGAGGAAGGGUACAGAGGAGGUAAAAGCAUCCAGACGGUUCGAUCCAGGGAGGUCCAGCUGCUGGUGCAAAACACGGGCGUGGCGGAGUUCAAGGACACGUCCAGCAGGGUGACAGACUUCUCCGUGGUGGACUUGGGAGACGAGGACGAGGAGCAGCAGAACGGAGAGGGGGAGAAAGGAUCGUCCACGGCCUCCAAAGCCCCGGUCCUCCCUCCCAAGCCUCGCUCCAUGUCCAUGUCGUCAGGCAACCACCUCCACUCCCGCCCCCUCCCUGCACCUCCUCUGGGCUACCACCACAGAGGGCUAAGCUUAGGCCACUACCCCAGCUCUGUGGGGGGCAAGGUGGAGACAGACCCCUAUCACCUGGGCAGCUGCCCCCCGUCCAGCUUUGAGCACCUGGGGUUCCACCGCCCCCGCCAGACCAUGCCCCCCUCCCCGUCUCUCUCCCCCUCCCUGCCCCCCUCAAGCCAUCCCAUUUACCCCCCUCCUCAGAUGUGCCCUCCCCCUCUCCCCCCCCACUACAAAACUCAGCGAGGCCCCUACCCCAGCUACAACUCAGCAGACAGCUACUCCAGGUACAGCAUGACGCAGACACAUUCUCAGAGAGAUCCGCUAUCCUGUGACUACUCUGAGAGACAAGGAGGGGUGAGACGCGCAGCCUCCCUGCACGGCUCCAAGGAGAACUCCCAUUCCCGUUCCCGUCCUAAAGACUUUGACUCCCCCGUACGCCGCGUGAACGUCCUACGUCCUGUGUACACCAACAUCUCCCGCCCCCAGUCCACCCACCCCAGUAUGGAGAGGCAUUCCUCGUCAAGCCCCACCUACUCGGAUGAGGACGACUCCCCCUUCAUGUCCCCAGAGAAACCCAGUGGAGGAGGAGGGACCACGGUCACACACUCCAGCCUGUCAGAGGACUCCGAUCCAGCCACAGCAGAGCUCUUCUCCCGGGGAAUGAAGAGGACCCAGUCUCGCCUCGCCACCAUCCUGCCCACCAUCUGGAGGGAGGACGCGGAGCUGCAGGCCGAGCUGGUGGCCACAGCUCGAAAGUCCCCCCUGCAUCUGUUUCUGACAGAGGUCUCCAGCGUCGCAGAGUCGACCGAGGCCAAGACAGAGGAAGGCAGGACCUCCUGGGGAGAUGACAAGGAGAGACAGGAGAAGAGAGACAGAGGUAGAUCAGGCAACUUCCUCCAGCCGAGAGGGAUGCGCAGAUCCCGGUCGUUGGUGACUGAGCUGGGCUCUUCAGGACAGUCCUGGGCCUCCGAGGGACACAGCUCCAGGACGGACGAGGAGAAGAAUGGCACCAGAGGAUCCUUCCAGAGGGACCUGUUCCUCACAGAGAUCGACACGGGCAGGAUGAGCACAGACAGGAAGGGAGAUCCCGAUAGAGACCCGGUGAAAUACCUCCACCCUCCAGACUCCAGGUCACGUCCCUACGUCUGCGCCCCGGGACUCCCCUCUUAUGCGGAGGCAGAGGAGGCCUACUCCAAGGGCAUGAGGAGAUCCAGGUCCCUGCUGACAGAGAUCACCAUUGGGAGGGACGAGACCGAGCCUGAGAAAGAGCCCCAGAAGGCAGAGAUGACCAGAGAGGAGUUCCUGAAGGAGAUCCAUUCAGCAGAGACCUUUCUGACGGACAUCAUAUCCAGACAGAACGCAGCUUCUUCCAACAAACAGGGCGAGGCGUCCCACGUGUCCACGCCCGUGACCCCUGAGUAUGAGUCCAUAUGCAUAGACCCCGGUUCCUCCCAGACGAUCCGCUUCCAGUCGGAGAGUUCGGUACGAGCGUCGAGCAGAGGCAAAGACGACACACUAACGGAGGCCAUUUACGCACAGGUGACCAAGCGCGCCAAGAAAAGUGAGAUCAAGGUCACUCUCCGACCCGAGGUCCCAGUCCUGCACAUCGGCUCCAAUAAACAGACCGUUCUACCGGAAGGUCAAGGCUCCACUGACUCGGGGUCUGCGGGGUCGAAGGUCAAGGACUCCUCCGGCUCAGUGGCCCAGUCCCAGCAUGGGGACUUUGUGUUGUCAGAGAUCAUGCCUAAGAACAGCCUCCUGCUUAAUCAAACGACUUCUCCCAUGCCAGCAGGGGAGUCCGACUGCCCGGCCUUACCUGCCAGGGAGGACCCGAGACCCAGGGAGCUCUUUAGCCAAUCUCCGGUUGGGCCUCCGUCCCAGCAAAGCGGCACAGAAGACCCUGAGAAUGUGCUCUCCGAUAGAAAACCAGCCAGUAGCACAGUCGAUACAGAGAGUCAGAUUACAGAAGUGCACAGCACCUGUGAGACGAUGACAGGUGACAGUGAGGUCAUCGUAACAGGGACGGAGCAUCAGACACAGAACGAAGUUGCAGAUGUUUAUCACCAAUCAAGAGCAGAGACGUCAGACGCCACCGGCCCCAGCGACCCUGCGGUACCCGCCAAGCUCGCCGCCACCCCGACCACCCCCGACUGGGACCCGUCACCUGACGUCUCUCUCUCCACCGUCACCCCCACGGACUCAGCACUCUCCCCCCUAACUUCUAGCUCAGCCGACUGCCUCACGCCAGGCGACCCCUGGGCGGGGGGAGGAGGGCCAGGAGGGUGGAGGGCCCUGGGGAGUGACACCCCUCAUCGAGACUCAGCCUACUUCUCUGACAGCGACUGGGAAGGGGAGGGGCUUAACAGGAGGGGCGGUGAUGGACCGAACGCGUCCAGACCGACCAGCGGACGGGGAGGAGAGAGGGGGACGCUGACAGGGAUAGAGGAGCACACGGAGGUGGAGGAAGAGGGGGAGCCGGGGGGAAAGAGUCCCUUUAAGGAAAGCCAGGUCAUCUCUGACGCCUCGGUCGAAACAAACGUGCACACUGCUCACGUUGGUGACAAAGGGCUCAAUGACGAUUCCAAUGCAGGAGGGAAAGGUUUGUCGGGGUUUGAGUUGGAUCAGAGGGAGGAUUCGGGUGUUUUCCAGGAGGAAGACAGUGAGUCUACAGCUAAGAUGCUGGUGAAGUCAGGUUUACAGUCUGAAGAUCCUCAGACCAAGGGGAGCGUUGAGUUUAUUGCUAAGAUGUUCUCUAAUUUAGAUGAUGAGACACUGAAAGGCAGAGAAUCCAGGCUGUCUCGGUUUUACGGUAUACAAACCAGCAACGCCAAACUCGCCGAUGACCUCCCUACAGCUGUGACACCUAACAACGGGGAAGUCCCAGAGGAUGGAGAGAGCAGUCUCACCCGUUCGUUUUGGGCCGAUGGUGGCGUCGAGGGGUCCAGAGGACACGAGGACAUGCAGAGCUUGGAGAUCCAGCGCGCUGAUGCCAACGAGCUGGGGCUGAGGAACCUGUGUUACUCAGAGGAGGGCCAAGACGACAAGGCCAAGGCCAAGGCCAAGUCGGAGACGGAGAAACAGUUAGCCGCCGGUGAGCUGUGGGCUGCCACGAAGGACAAGUCUCCUCAAAGGGGCGUGGCGGGGGAAGCCGAGACCGAGAGUCCUGGGGGUGCGGAGGGCUCUUCCGAAGCUUCGCCAGACAGAGAGGACCUGGAGCUGAAAGCAAAAGAGCUUUGGAAUACCCUGGAGGAGGACGAGAGGAGGGACGAGAGUAGGCUGGAGGAGGACGAGAGGGGGGACGGAGGAGCCGUGAGAGGCGAGUUCGACUGCCAUCGCUUCCAGCAGGGAGACCUCCACCUGUGGCCCGCCGAGAACGACCAGUGGGCCUCUUCGGAGAACAGGAACCCCGAGGCCGAGCUGGGAUCGGAGUUCUUCUCGGGGUUUGGGAAGAAGGCCUGGGAGGAGAGGGAGAGGACGGGGGUGAGAAGGGAGUUGUGGGAGGCCGAUGAGAACGAUGAGCUGGCGGGGAGCGAGCUUCAUCCAGAUGUCCUCCACGCCGCCGAGAACGUGGAGAACGUGGAGAACAAGGAGGCGCAGGGGAGGCCUGGCCUCUCUGAUCUCCAGGAGGAGCCUCCUCCUCCUCUUCCGCAGCAGCAGCUGUCCACACACCGGCCUUCUGAAAGCAUCGACGUCCAAGAGGAUCACCGGGCCGUCGAGGUUCAGCAGGAGGAAAACAUUGAGAAUCCGGAAGUAGUUGAGGAUCUCGAAGGGGAUCCUGAGGUUGACCUGUUGGAGGUUGAAGUAGAGAAUCUGGAGACCCCCGAGCAGGAACCCUCGGCGCCAGGACGGGAACGUUUCAUGCCGCUCACGGAAACGGGCAGUUCUGAUCAAGCGCCUGUGGUGUCUUCACAAGAAGAACCCCCUGAGAACGGGGAGAAUCAGAACUUCAACAGAUGGCCACAGAAUCACCUCACCGAACCCCUGCUCGAGGAACAGGGUGUGGAUUCACAGAACCAUAACACAGAUCCAUCGGAGAACGUACACUCAAAUAUAGCUGCCUGCAUCACCGAAGCAUCACCUCCAGCAGACUUCCUGCCAGACCUAGAAGACAUGGACCCAAGCAUACACAUUGAAGCUGAAUGGAGCGACGUGAUUGGUCGGCAAGGGAGGGAACGGAUUAUUGGUAUUGAAAAUGUAAGCGAGGAUUUAAGGGAUGUAUCUUUUCCAUCUGUUCCUCUCUCUUUUGCCAACGAUAACUGCCCCCCGAUACAAGAGGACAUCGGACCGUCGUUCCCACUGGUAGACAACUUUAGCUCUGUCGACUUUCCAAGCCCCCCCCCAAGCGUAGACCUCGACGUCCAAGACGACCGAUUAGAAAGUUUGGAUGACUCUUUUCCCAGUCCACCACCUUCUGUUGUAGAGAUGGAGGAGGACAUUGAUCCCAUGAAUCUGGACGACUUUUUUAACAGCUCAGAGAAAGACUUCUACACACCCUCAAGUCACCCUAAUGCCUCAGAACCAACCCUUCAGGAGUUAACCCCCACCACUACUCAUAGUAGAGGUAUCUCAGCCAACUUUGACCUUUCACCUGUGCGUCCAAUGCUUCCGUCUGUCCCAGGCGACAGACAGAUUGAGGAUCGCCUCGCUUACGCCACAGUGGACGGAGAUGACCGAACAAAACCGUCCCAAAAACCCACCACUGCCCUACCGUCUUUCCCCCAACGCUCACUCAACUCCAUCCCUGAAUUGUUGAUCUCAGAGUGGAAGGAUCUGGACGAAGAAGCUCUCGAGGAUUUUGAGAAACUGGAGCAGCUUUGCUGCAUAUCCGAGGACGAGGAGGACCUCUUCCUGGGGAACCUGGAACUUCUGGGAUCCAUGAAGAAAAAGACACCUGAGAAGAAGACUAGAGCUGCCGGGGUAGGGGUCAAAGGUGAGACGGCUUGUGAAGCCUCGACGCCAGAGGGGAACAGAAGGCUUGAACUGAGGGAAGAUGUUGACGGCAUCUCUCAGAGCUCAGAUGAGCUGCCAGAUGAUGCUGCUCAGACCGGGUCAAAACGAUCACCGCAGGAAGACAGGAAAGAACUACAAAGCCCAUCAUCUCGUUCGCCAUGCCAUUCUCCUGACUCCAAGGACCAGGGGUCACUCUCCAAAAUGCCCACGAAGAACGGCCUCAUGAUGCAGGUGUGUGAAGAAAGGCUACAGUUCUCCCUCAGCGAAAAUGUUAAAAGCAACGUUCUCUGGGGAACCACAGUGAGCGACACUGUCACUCUGCAUCCCUGGGGAGACAACACCACAGAAGCCAGUGAAAACCCAGUGACUGGAAACGACAGGAAAGCCCCUGAGAGGAUCGAGGAACCGCAGCCAGCGUCCAGUCCUGUGCCUCAGACCGACUCUGGUGGAACUGCCAAUGAACCGUUUACUGUGAUCGAACAGCCUGAGGUUACGUCACCUCAGCCUGUGGGAAACCUAGCAAUGAAAGCCAAGCUAGCUCGUCUGUCCCUUGCCCUGCCACCUCUAGCUCUAGCUCUCCCUCUGUCCCCAAGUCCCAAAGGAGGGUUUGGAGACGGGUUACUAGGGCACAGAAGUGGGAGAAGGAGGGGCUUGUCCACAGGAAGUGACCUUGACGACGAGGAGGAAGACGAACAGGAAGAUGAAAGCUCUAGGAGGGUUAUCGUCGUCACGGAAACGGACGUGGACAAGAGGGUGGGCCUGAGGAGUCUGUUGAAGUCUCCGAAGGAGCCUACGGACAGAGACAAAGACAAGGGACGCAACGUGUCCUUUUUUGAUGAUGUCACUGUCUAUCUCUUUGAUCAGGAAACUCCAACCAAUGAGCUGAGUGGUUCUGCUCCUGCAAGUCCAACUCCAGCCCCUGGAAAAAGCACUAAAUUUGACCUACAUGGAGCAAACAGCAAAGGCAAAAACUCUAAAAGAAAAGAGGAGUUGUCAAUCAAACCAAGGUCUCCUAUGGGGUCCAACCCGGUGACAUCAUCACGCUUUACCGUGAGCCCUGCCAGUGACCCCCACCUAAAGUGACGUGGAGUUCCGGAACCCUUACACCAGAACCCCUCUGAGAGUAGCCAGUGUGUUAGCCUAUCAUCAGAUAUUCUCAGAGACUAUUUUUAUAUCGAUCAGACAAGACUCCCGUUCAACAAGCUGGACACAUUCCAGGGUUUACCAGCAACAGGAUUUUGUAUGCGACCUUAGGUCAUUGAGUACCUCCCUUUGCAAACUGUAUUUAAGGGGUUGAUUUGUAGUGACUGGUCGAAGGAAGUUUGUUAGAGGACAGGAGGAGCUUGGAGCGUUGUAAAAUCUGAAACCGACUUGACAGCUAUGCAACGGGAGUCUCAUUGUGUUCUACCAGCUUACCUUUCCUGCUUCUUUCUGUUGUACUGUUCAGGUUGGGGGACGCACUUUCUUUAAUCGUUUGUCUUUGUGAAGACUUGGAUUUAAAUUCUCAAUUUGUAAAAAUGAUUUUCAUCGCCGUCGUCGGCCAUUAUUGUAAGGAGCAGUUAGGGACAGAAUAUGCUUACCUCCUGUAUUUGAGAGUAUUCAUUAAACAUUUGUAAAAAGAUCGUCAUACAAGUGAAUACAAUAACAUUUUAGAGCUGUUUAAUUUAGAUGUGUUCUUAGAUUGCACGAAAAGUAAAAGCAAGCUAUGUUUCUUUCUACUUUUUAUUCUAAAAGAUCUACUAAUGUCUAGCAAUUAUUUAUUUGUCUAUUGAUUUAUCUAUUUAAAAUUGAUUUCCAUGAAAUGUAAAUAUUCUUUAUUUAUUUUUGUGCAAUUACUUUUAUCAGAAUUGUUUGGGAGAAAAGUAUCUAGGUAAUACCUUCUUAAUAUUUCACUUCUUCAUAACAAAUACAAGCAAGAUAUUUUCCCAAACCUAUUAAUUGCAAAAAGUAUUUUGUAUAAUUUAAUGUCUUUAUAUCUACCAUUCUGUACUAAACAAUGUCCUCUAAUGUAUCUACAGUAUCUAUGUUUAUUUUCAAAUGUCAAUUAAUUGGUUGUCUUGUAAUUUUUUUCCUUCAUUUGAGGACAAUUGAUGUAGCUUAGCAUGAAAAGAUUUAAGCCUUUCAUUGGUAAAUAACUCCAUAAGUUGAUGUAUCUGUUCGUUUUUAUUUUCUAGUAAUAACAAUCCUUCAUGCA